AUGAGUGUUAAUACGGCCCGUACUGGUCACUGGGGGGAGAAACGGGAGUCGGAUGGUCCGUCACUGACCACGAGACCGUCACGACUCACCGGGCAGCGGUCCUGGCUCUUCAAAGGGGUUCUCACCUUCCACCCUGGCGUGGCCACGGGAGAGGAUCCUGCAGUCUGCGCGGGAGAAGUUGUGUUCCUUGCCCUCCGCCUCUCCUCACCUCUGCAGUUGUCAGCCCUUAGGGCCCACCCAAUCCAGGCCCAGGGCCCUGCGGGAGGUUGGCGUCGCCCCUGUGCCCGGAAGCUCCAGCCUGCCAUUUGCAGUCAGACCAGCUCUAUCUCCAAAAAUUGCCCAGCUCUGGGGUUCCCGGCUAAGCGGGGAGUUUCAUCACCCGGGGAUGGACGGGGACAGGCUGUAACCAAGUGGCCCCCGGCCCCCGCCCACCCCGAGGCCUCCGGGCAGACCUGGCCCACGAGGACUCUGGCUAGGAACCUGCUGCCAAUGGAGAAUAUCGUUUUGCACCGAGGACUGCCACCAUCUGAGCUCUAUCCUGUCUUCUGGAAGAUGGUGAUGAUGGUGGGCUUCUUCGAGAUCCAGUGGCAUCUCCUCAGUGCUGGACUCGUUGGGGGAGUCCACAGCUCCCACUCCAUGAUGUCCAGCCCCGGCCCCGCAAGACGGAACAAGGAGCCCAGGGGCGGCAGUUUCUGUCCCCUAGCGAAGUCCGGGCGCGCCCUGCCACCAGUCCCGGAUAACCGACCGGGGAUCCGACUGCACGUCUGCAGCAGCACCUCCUGUUCGUCCUGUCCCUUCCGUGCCCGGCUCGGGCCUGAGCCAGCCAUGCCACCUCCCCCUGGCCGGACCCCGGGCCCUCGGGAGCCUCACCUUGGCCGGGUCAGCCCCGGGCCCCCGGGCCGGACCUUCGAGGAACUGCGGGACCAGUGCCUGCAGCGGGGGGUCCUGUUUGAGGACCCCGACUUCCCCGCCGACAACUCCUCGCUUUUCUUCAGCGAGAUGCCCCCCGUUCCAUUUGUGUGGAAGCGACCUGGGGAAAUAGUGAGAAACCCAGAGUUCGUGUCCGAUGGCGCUACCAGGACCGACAUCUGCCAGGGCGACCUCGGAGACUGCUGGCUCCUGGCAGCCAUCGCUUCCCUCACCCUGAACCCCAGGGUCCUGGCCAGAGUCGUGCCACCCCAGCAGAGUUUCGGACCAGGCUAUGCCGGGAUAUUUCACUUCCAGCUGUGGCAGCACGGGCAGUGGCUGGACGUGGUCAUCGACGAUCGACUCCCGACCUUCAAGGACCGUUUGGUUUUCCUGCACUCGGCCGAUCACAACGAGUUUUGGAGCGCCUUGCUGGAGAAGGCCUAUGCCAAGCUGAACGGCAGCUAUGAAGCACUGAAGGGGGGCAGCACGAUGGAGGCCAUGGAGGAUUUCACCGGCGGGAUUGCCGAGACCUUGGACGUGAAGGCGAUCCCGGAAGGCCUGUGUGAGGUCCUGAGGAAGGCCCUGGACAGGGGCUCUCUGGUCGCCUGUUCCAUGGAGGCCCGCAGUGCUGCCGACUCGGAAGCUCGGACCCCUUUCGGCCUCGUCAAGGGCCACGCAUACUCCGUGACCGGCAUUGACCAGGUCACUUUUAGGGGCCAGAGAGUCGAGCUGGCUCGAGUCCGGAACCCAUGGGGACAGGUGGAGUGGAACGGGCCGUGGAGCGACGACUCUCCUGAGUGGCGCUCGGUUGAGCUGUCUGAGAAGAAGCGCCUGUCCCACACGGCUCUGGACGACGGAGAAUUCUGGAUGCCAUUUACGGAUUUCAAAGCCCACUUCGACAAAGUGGAAAUCUGUAACCUCACCCCUGACUCACUGCAGGGCAGCACGCUCCUACAAUGGGAGGUGGCAGUACAUCACGGCAGCUGGGUCAAGGGAGCCACUGCUGGAGGCUGCCGGAAUUUCCUAGACACAUUCUGGACCAACCCCCAGAUCAAGCUGUCUCUGUCUAAGGAGGACGGAGGGAAAGAAGACUGCACCUUGGUGGUUGCUCUAAUGCAAAAGAAUCGGCGUAAACUCAAGAAAUUUGGAGCGAAUAUGCUGACGAUCGGCUACGCCAUUUACCAGUGUCCUGGUCAAGAUGGGCACCUGGGCAGAGAUUUCUUCCAGUGCCACGCGUCUCAGGCCCGGAGCAAAACCUACGUUAACCUGCGGGAAGUGUCGGGCCGGUUCAGGUUGCCCCCCGGGGAGUACAUCCUCGUUCCGUCCACCUUCGAGCCCCACCAGGAAGCGGAUUUCUGCCUGCGCAUCUUUUCUGAGAACGCGGCUGUCACCCAGGACAUGGAUGGCCAAGUGAACGUCGAACUUCCAGAGCCACUGAAACCGACUUCCCGUCAGCAAGAAACAGAGGAGGAAAGGCAGUUCCGGAUCCUAUUUGAGAGGGUGGCCGGUGAGGACCUACAGAUCUCAGCAGAGGAGCUGCAGGAGAUUCUGAAUGCGGUGAUCCGAAACACCAAGAAUAUCCAGUUCAAGAAGCUGAGCCUUGUUUCCUGUCGAAAUAUAAUUUCUCUCAUGGACACCAACGGCAGCGGGAAGCUGGAACUGGAUGAGUUCAAGGCGUUCUGGGCCCGGCUGAAGGCCUGGACUAACAUCUUCUUCCGGUUUGACGGUGACAAGUCCGGGACCAUGUCAUCCUACGAGCUGCGGGGUGCGCUGAAGGCGGCCGGAUUCCAGUUGAACAACAACCUCCUGCAGCUGCUUGUCCUCCGCUACGCGGAUGAGCGCUUCCAGCUCGACUUCGACGACUUCCUCAACUGCCUAAUUCGCCUGGAAAACACAAGUCGGGUGUUCCAGGCUCUCAAGGCCACAGACAGUGAAUUCCUCAGUCUCAAUGUGGGCGAGUUUAUCCUCUUGGUCAUGAACAUCUGA